UUCUCUCCUAAGCGGCGGAAGUUGCUUGCUCAUCAUCAGUCAGUUUCAAAGAUGGCACUUGCUAGUGUGUUGAACAGUGAUUGUGCGGAUUUUUCUUUUGAUAAUCGCAAGCCUUUUACUUUUGGAUGGGGAUCCGAACCGAGCGGGUCGGGAUUUGACACUACGCCGGGGGACGGUAUCAGUUUUGCCGUUAAGAACCCGCUGUUUGCCGGGGAGGAGGGUGACGUCGAGAGGAAAAUAGAGUUUCUACAUGGAACAACCACCUUAGCAUUCAAAGUAAGUCAACGAAUGUCUUUUGUGUGGGUCAUAGGCAGCUCAAAGGAAAAAAAAGAUGCUUAUAGCUUACAAAACAGAUCCUAGGUCAAUCUUUAGACUUCUCAAAGCGCUAACGGAAGGCUAACGCUUCAUCUCAACGUUAGCAUGCUAAGGCUGCUACAAACCGCUUUCUCACUGCAGAUGUCCACAUGACAGCACACUGUAUGAGAAGGGUUUAGAUGGAAACUGUUGUUUUGAAAGGACACUACGAGUUUAAGUUUAUUAACCGAGGGCAAAACCUGCAGAAUGGGUAAAUCAACAGUCUCAAUGCAAGAAAGUUCUAAUUGUACAGCAUAAUUUUUUAUACAUUGGCUAGGCCAUCGGGUCUGAACAUCAUGAAAUAUUGUGAAAGACAGCGAUGUAAAAACAAAAACUAAUAACAUAAACAUAUAUUAAUGGUCAAAAUACCUUAGAACGAGUCAUUUAAUUUCAUUCAUUUCAUUCAUUUCAUUUCAUUAAACCAGUCAAAUCAUUCAGAUGCAUGAUAUUUUGAAUUUCCCUUCAGGUAUCAAUAAAGUUUUUCUUUUUCUAUUGGGUUUUUGCCAGUAUCCAUCUUGACUGGCCCAUAUCAAUACUGAUAUACACCAAUAAUCCAUAUCAUUGUGAACAUCUGACCACUUUAAUGUAAUCCAGUCACUCGACCAUCAAUAACUGUCUGAGGAAGGUGGAGACUAUUCUAAAGAACAUGGAUCACCCACUUCACAACACCUUGAUGGACCAAAGGGCCAGUGGUGGUGGACGGCUCCUCUCUCUUCGCUGCAGGACAGAAAGAUUCAGAAGAUCUUUUGUACCAACAGCCAUCAGACUUUAUAACUCUUGUGUAAAUAGUAGAUAACUUUUAGAUAUGAUAUGAUAACAGUGUUUGUAAAAGUUACAGAUCAGCUGCAUAAAUCAAACUAUGCUAAAAUUGUGAUUAAAAAGGCCACUGGUUUAUCAAUAAAUUUCUACUUAUCAGGGUUCCACCAUGGUUGGAAUUUCCAUACUUUUCCAUACCCUCUUUUUUUUUUUUUCCAUAGAAUUAGUUUUGAAAAAAAUCCUUCUUUUCUAUUUUAGAAGAGAGCAUUUUUUAACUGUGGUAAUAAUGUCUGUUAACAUUAAUAGUUUUCCAUACUUUUUUUUUUUAUUUACCAUACUUUUUAAGACCUGGAAAUUGAUCAAAUUACUUUUAUACUUUUCCAUUCUUUCCAUACUUGAGUAGGAACCCUGACUUAUGAACUUCUCCUUGCUGUAAAAUGGUGGCAGAUGCACCUGUAGAGAUGCAUGAAAAAGGCAAAUUACACAGAGAUGAGUAAAAGGGAAAUUAACAUAAAAAAUUGUUGCAAGAAAGACAAGUGGUUUCUGAAGAUCCCACCAAAGGGCAUAAGAGUUUUUUUGUUUAGAAAAUUGUCUUCUCACUCAUUGGCCUUCAUUUAUCAAGCUUGCGUACGGCAGAAAACUUGCGUAUGAAAAUUUUGACGUGGGGAUCGGCAUUUAUCAAUCUGCACGUGAGCGUACGCUACGACCAAAUCUCACGACAGGUCUGACAUCAUUUACGCAAGUUUGAGUCAGUGUGGAUCUGCGGUGCAGCAAAUGUCUAUCUCAAAAUAAUUGAUAAACAAACCUCAAACCUGUCACUAAGCACAAUCAGCCAGAUUUCUUUAAAGAUUAAGACAUGAAUAAAAUAAAUUUGUUAUGUCCUUAGUGAAUAGAUCUAUUUGAUAACUCUGCCCAGAAACACUGCCACAGAGCAAGAGCGCCGUUUUAACAUUACGCACACAAGCACACGUGCCACUGUGGAGUGCUGUGUUUGACUCCUAAAAGGCAGGUGUCUCUGUCUUGGCCCAGCAGCGGGGACGUUGUUCUACACUCCUGAAAGAGUGUGGGACAUCAUUUGGGCCAGUACAGUUGUGCACAAUGUUGCACUGGCGAAUGGAGUGCUGUUGGCUGUGCCAUUGCAACGUGAGGACCCGAUGCCCGGAGAACAAUAACGAGGAGAGACUCCACAAAGGUGCUGCACUGAGGAGACAGGACCUUAUCGAUGGAUUCUGACAUGUAAAAUAUAAGUUUAGAAAGUGUUCUUGCUAUUUAUUCAGUGAUAAAAAUCCAAUAGAAAUCCAUAAAAAUGUGCCUCAGGGGCAGCAACACACCGUUUGGUGAGGUUGAUAAUUAUUUUUGUUCAGCCUCUGUCAGAGUCUCCAGUCUGCUCUACAUUACAAAGAUGCAACAAAUUAAAACUAAAUACUUUCAAUAAUAGGUGCAACCUAUGUCAUGGGAAUAAAAAAAAUAUGAGGCAUGUAUGAGAUAUUAAUUUAUCAUCAUGAGCAACUUACUGAGUAAUGAUUUAUUCAAACUUCAGCCACUGUCCGCUAUUCCGCGGCAGCGCUGUUCAGCGCCACCAUAAUCCUGCUUCAGACAGGAGUUUUCUGGACUGUUUUUAUACCAGUUUUGAUGCUUCCAAAGAGAAAAUCCUUGUUAGUUUCCACCACAGAUGCGAGGAUAUCCACUUUCAGCUCGGAAAAGUUUCAAAUUUUUUAAAUAUUUCUCCUGUCUCAUGUUUGACCUCAGUGGGCGAGGCUUCUGACCCAUGCAUAUUUAAGGGCAUAACAUGUUAAUGAUGAUCCAUUUCAGCCGCCGCAUUUAUCAAGACCCGAUCAUGCGUAUGCUGGGAUUGGUCAGAUACGAACCCUUCAUAAAUCUCAUGUGUGUCCUAUCGUACGAUGAAUCCUGCGCUCAGAUCUGCAGGCGCGAUUGAUUGAUAAAUGAGGGCCAUUAAGUGCAGUAAGAUUAGGCAUUCCUCAUCAGACCCUGUGCUGUGGCCUAUUGUUCAGCUGAAAUCACUUAUUUAUUGGCAGUUAUUGAACACAGGUGCUUAAGAUGCAGCAGUUGUAUCGCUCAAACAUAACAUGAAGGUUUUUUAUUUUUGCUGUUAAAAUGUUAAUCUGUACCGCAUCCUGCUUUGUGCUCUGCAUAUUUCCCCACCUUUUUAUCCAACAACCCUAAAUGAAGCAAUGAAAAUAAAGGGUUUUGUUUAGAGGCAAAGGUGAUCUAUCUUCCCUGAUGAUAAAAUUAUCCUAACUUUUGGUACAGCCAGUGUGCCAACCCUUGUUGUCCUCAGGGUCACAGAUACUUCAUGAGUCCAAAACAUUUUAAUAAUGUUUCUGGGAAGAGUUGCAUAUACAAGAAGAGAAAUUCUGAAAUCAAUUUUCUGAACCAUAGAGCCAUUGUAAGAAUUGCAGGAACUGAGAGUUUAGCUUUGUGUAGUUUGAGUUCAUUUGCACCGUCCACAGAAGAAAAAGGAUUAAUGUAACACAAGAACUGAAACAGAAUCAGUGCUUCAUCCGGCAAUGACUUCAGCAAGGAAUCUAAUACUGUUAUAUCAGCUUGUGUGCUAGAACCAAAAGUUUUUGUACGGUGGAGGAUGUCUCAGAUUUAUCACAAUUUCCUUCGAGAUGCAGAGAAUUGAGCCAUGAGAUCACACUUAGUGAUAUGGUACAUGACCCGUAUAAUUAUUGUUCAUUGAGUAAAUGAUAGUAAAUUGUCAUAAUAGUCAUUUACCUCUUUAUAUGUGUUGUCUUAUUUAAAAUUGUUGAUAAUGUUGUUAGUGAUGAUGUGCUGGUGUGCCACGGCAGGAUCUUAAGUUAGAUGUUGCAAUAACCCGUUCAUUUUUGAAAUAGAAGUAAGCUCUUUUUCUACACCAUUUGUCCUUGUUUGAAAUAGUAACAGAUUUUCUGUGAUUGAGUCAUACUCACAAAAAUAACAGAGGCACUGUUACAACAAGAUGUCGUAGGAGUAAAUGUAAGUAGGAGUUCAUGAGGCACUGAUGAAUCAUGUCAGCGGAGAGUGGAGUAUGUUAUUGGAAAUAGUGUCUUCUGUUAGAUUUGUGAAGUUCAGGGUUAUAAACGUCUUAUAUUAUCUUGUUAUACGUCUUACAUUUUGAAUGGGUCUGGACACACUAGAUCUAUACCACCUAGCCCUUUUAUGCCUUUUGUAUCAUACUUGAUACAUACUUUUAUGAUACUUCUAUCAAAUCAGUAUGAUCAACAAAUUACUGAAAAACACCUGAAUACAGUCCGAUAAAUGAUAAAAAUGUUCUUGUGGUUAAUCAGUUUCUAAAAACAUCCAGUGUUUUAAACAUGAUAAGUAUAUUUUUUCAAUUUUAAGGACAUUUAGAUUUUUUUGGUUUUCAGUAGUAAGUGAAAUCAACAUUUCAGUUCCAAAAAAAAAGAGUUUUCUGGCCAUAAUUUGUGGUUUCGAGCAUUAAAGGGAUAGUUUAAGUACAGUGAUUUUUUAGAAAUGGCACAUUGUGCGGAUUGGAGAGAAAACAGAAGAUGAGGAUGAGAAAAUGUAAGACCAAGGGAAGUGGGAAUGCUCAGCUGGGACGAACACUGAUUUGCAAGAUGUGCAAAACAGCUUUGAAGGGGAUAUAUCGUCAAAUAUCCCCAUCAGUAUGAACUCCUGUCUGUUCAGCCUAGUUUUGGUCUUUAAAAAGGUCUUUAAAAAUUCUUACAUUUGAAUUUAUAAAGUGUGCAGCAACCCUGUCAAAGUCAGGGCAGUUCAACAGUGCGAUACAGACUUAAACUUAUCUUAAAAUUUGAUCGAAGUGUAAAAUUACAUUCAACCCAAAUAUGACAAAGAUAGCACUGUUAUGUCAUUCUUAUCAAGCCCAAUGAGAGAGCACCACGACUGACAAUAAAUUCAUACUACUAACAAGAUAGUGUAAUUUCCUGACAUAAGCUCCCCCUCUGUGUCAGAGAGCCCCACUGAGUCCAAAACUAUUAAAAACACAUAAAAGGAAGCUAUUGUGUUUGGGUGACAUAUCAUUUUGUCGUUAGAGUGAAAACAGCUAGUGUAGCAUUUUCUUCUGGCAGAGCAGUGUAAAUACUGAAUCACAUCUCUGCAGAUGAUUUUUGUCUCUUCAGGGGAUUUGUUGAUAAAAAGAAAAAGAUAAAACAACGCCAUCUUUAUCCCUUAAUCCCUGAGUGUGUUAGACGAAACCCUCCCCAGCAGACAUCUCCUUCUGACUGGCCAGAUCUGUUGUCUCCACUUAAGUGCUAUGCUGGUGUUUGACUGUCAGUUUAGAGAUACAGAGUUGUUUCAGGGAAUAAGUAUUCCCUCUCAUCCAGCAGCUCCCUGGCAGAGCUGAGUUCUAUAUUUUAUCUCUUUGACAGCUGAAGACCAGAAGCCGUUUCUAUGUUGUCUAAACAGAUAUAAGAGGGAUUUAAUAGGGACAUACGGAUGUGUACAUAGUGAUCAGUGAUCCAUCAGUGAAUGCGAGUCUCUAACAUGUCCUUCCCUGCUGUUUCCUCCCUCAGUUCCAGCAUGGUGUUAUUGUAGCGGUGGACUCUCGGGCCACAGCAGGCUCCUACAUUGCCUCCCAGACCGUGAAGAAGGUAAUCGAGAUCAACCCGUACCUGCUGGGAACAAUGGCUGGAGGAGCUGCAGACUGCAGCUUCUGGGAGCGCCUGCUGGCCCGUCAGUGCCGCAUCUAUGAGCUUCGCAACAAGGAGCGCAUCUCUGUUGCUGCAGCUUCCAAACUCCUGGCUAACAUGGUGUACCAGUACAAGGGCAUGGGACUCAGCAUGGGGACCAUGGUGUGUGGCUGGGACAAGAGGGGCCCAGGUAAGCAUGACAAAUAUGUUUAAUACACACAUUUUGUUAAAUGAAUGAAAUAGAUUGACAUUGUUCAGUGUUGUACAUUUUAAAUCUUUCUUUUGAAAGCUACAACUUUGAAAUUUUUUGCAUUUUGGAUGUGACUGCAAUGUGACACUUUGUAUAGUUCACUGACGAAACAGCCUUUUCCUAUUAUUUCAGAAGCAAAUAUUCAGAGUGAGUGAUGCAUUUAACUGUUAAAAGAAAUCAUGAUGAGAUUUUUUUUGUUGGAAAAUGCAACAAACACAGGAUGAAAUCAGCAAAGAUAAAAAAGGGCCUGUUCAAUACAGAGGCUGCACCAAAUUGACACAUUAGGGCUGGGUGAUAUGGCCUCAAAUCAAUAUCAUGAUAUAUUGAGCAGUUCACCUCGAAAACGAUAAAUGGACGAUAACUACUCCACAAGCUGUUCACCCCCAUCCAACAUUAACUUCCUCUACUUCAGCUGCUGCUCCAGCCACUACAAGUUUUGAACCGUACUUCAUCUCCUCACCUGUCUUUCCCUCUUUGUUACGGACUGGAUGGGGUGGAGUCACGUCUCUUAUGUAGGACAGCAUCUUAAAGGGACAUGAGACCAUAGCCUACCUACACACAUCCAAAACAAACUUUUAUUUAUUUAGUUUUUUUUUUCUUUUUCUCAGUUUAUCCCCCAGCCCUACAUAGAGAAAGUUCCUGACAGAAGUUUUAACAAUAGCAUUUUAUAGCCUCAAGAAUAUUGACAUAGUUUUAUUUCUUGUUUUAAUGCAAUUCUUUUUAUUAUUUUUCCUUUAAUUGAAAGUGGUUUCAUUGCCUCUCCCACACACACACACUUUCUAUGAGAAUACGGUGUACUCCAGGUUUCAGUCACACACCCAUACAUGCACAGGCUCUAAUUGUCUAUUAUUAGGGGUGUAGUGGGGUAAGUAUUUAAUCUUUUUAGUUCUGCAAACAAAGAGCUGUAGCAACACCUAUCUACAGGAUGAUUUUCAAGUUGUGUCAUGUUUUUCUUGUCCAUCCUAAAAUGUAAAGUUUCCUUCCUAUAGAUCUGUCACUACUGAGUUUCCACCUUAGGGAUAAAUACAGUAUUCUGAUACUUUAGAAACACACAUGCCGUUUCCAAAGGUGUCCAUUAGAUGGCACUGCAGCCUCUCUUAUGCUCUGUCCCUCUCUGUAGUUAAAGCGGAGAGUUUUGGAUGCCUUGCUGUGUGAGGCCGUACAUCACAGUACGUGUGCUUAAAGAGGCCGCCACAGUGACACAGUAAUGGGAAAUCGAUGAGGCUGGGAGUUCGGGCCAGGGAGAACGUGGCUGGAUGAUGGACGUUGGGUCUCAGCCUUGGACAAUUGGGUCGCGUGCAUAAUGCCCGUACACCCACCGAGAUCGAUGCCGGCUUUGUCUGGAAAGCUCACAAGGCUGUGCAAACAGCAGUCGACCGGUGUGCCAACAAACCUGAAUGACACGUGUUAAAUCACAGGCAAUCAAUUGGGGAAAUAAUGAUUCCUUUAUAGGUUCAAUAGGUGUGGGAGCCUUGCCAUGGCCCCCACAAUGCCAGUGAUUGAAUGAAGAGGUAAAUGUCAUGUAAAUUAAAUCAAUCCCGAUUAGGUGGGAAGCUCAUUAGCCGGCUACAAUCAUGUCAAGAGCACUUAUUCCCCUGAUGGAGUGUCUUAAGCUGCAUGCCAAAUAAAUCAAAUAAGAGCUGUGUUGAGGAGCUUGUCAAAUAUGGCUCUUUGUAAUAACAUUAAAUGUUAUGACUCUUGUAAUCAGUGUGUAGUUAAUUCAUGAUAACUUUGUUGUGGCUCUUUGUAAUUGACAGAGAGCCGUGCACUGAGCAUCAUCUUCCUCUUCUCCCAACAAGGACAGGAAGGGUUCCUCUAUAUGAGAUGAAAUGGGAAGAGGCGGCCAUGAUAAAAAGGAGGAAAGUGUAUGAAAUGAGACCCAUGAGGAAGUCAGUUUUACAGCCACUCCCAAGAGAAGGUUGUAAGAGUGCUUUUGCCCGUCAGUUCAACCGCCGCUCCCUUUGUACUCCUGGCCCAGGGGUGAAAUCUAGUGGGAAGGACAAACCCUUGCCCAUUUGCAGACAGCCACCCAUCUCCCUCUUCUGUGCUCAUCACCGGCCUCUAAAAGCUGUCAGUCCAGCCAGCUGCACAGGCUUCUGUUCAGAAAAAGCUCCUUAAGCACCUGUCAGUUGAUCGAUGGAGUGGAAGGAGCCUCACUUGGCCGCUGCCGCUGCAACGCCUCACCCAUCCAGGCAGCCUGGCCCCCGCUUCCGCUUUAAGUGGGCCUCAUGAAUUUCUCGUGUUUUUCUAAGUCAGUUUUCAAGGUGCAGAGACCGUUAAUUGAUCUGGCAUUGGGUCUACAAAGACCCCAGGUGCGCAUGGAGAGGAACAGAUUUGGCAAAGUGUUUUUUGGUGCUGCUUUGCGUCUAAACUUGGACCUCUUAAAGAGUCCUCAUCCAACUCCGACAACUGCGAUACUCAACACAAGAGGCCGCCUUUACAACUCUCUCCCCCUGGCUAUUAUGUUUUUAACGAGUGCCUUGCAGUUUUCAAGAGGAACAGGCAGGUCUCAGAAUGGCAAAUUACCCCCGCGCAUAGGCAGGCACUGGAUGAUUAUCGUGGCAAGCUAACAACAUGCUGAGGAAGCUGCAAUUUGCCAGUUGAAAGCGGUGGUAAGCCCCUUUUUUUCCAGAAAGGCAAGUGGCUCUCUACCCCUAAUAGACUGUCACUGGUUUAGCUGUGAAACACUGUGAGCGAGGAUGUGCAAUCUGAGGGCAUUUUGAAGUGUGUUUUAACGCGAGAGAUGAGCAAUGGCUGCGGAUCUCAGGCAAUUUAGCGCGCACGUGCCUCCGAAAUUUGUCAGCGAGUAUCUUUUUCACAGGUUUGUCUUGGUGAAGUGUGAUGAAAAACAUGCAUUUUCUGCUCGCUGUCUUUUCACCAUCUGCAGGCAGGCAGGCUGUGGGCGAGCUCACAGGCUGGUGCUAGUCACCCGUUCCACGUCACUCUGGGAUCAGGCAUAGUGAGUGUGUCACGGCGCGGAACAAAAUGUCUCGCAUGUGUCCAUGAAGCGUGGUGUGGAGCAAACUGUCCCUCACAGGUCCAUCAGAGCAUUUUAGAUCUGCAGUGCAUGUGGGAUUAUAUGUUUAGUGUGUUUUGUGUGGGGUGAACUCGAGCCUCUGUGUGUCAUUCAAGUUUUAUUUUCUGUGUGGGGAAGAAAGAAAUGUCUGCACUGUGUAUUUGUGGUGAGAAAUAAAUGUGCUGCACUCCUCAGAUGUCCACAGGAUGUGCUGUUUUUUUUGUCCUCCUUGAGGUGCGAGGUGCCGUUACCUGUACGGCUCAGAUUGCAGGUCGAUAGUUAAUUUUUGGCGUGUUUGCAAGGAUCAAUAAGGCCUGAAGCAGGGCCCCCGGACAGACAGCGAUGUGGCCUGUGCUUCGUCAGCAGGUUCUGUGGCCGGCUUCGUUUUACUUGAAGAGGAUGCAGCUGUUCAUAUCUGCCAGCCUUUCUUUACUUGGAGAGGUUGCAGCUGUUCAUAUUUUUUCUCCAGAGAACCUGGAGUGUGCACUCACAAGUGUGUAUGUGUGUUUGUUUGUGCAAGAGCGCCGGUGUUAGAUAUACGCCAUCUCAGUUUUCCUGACAAAGCUCUACACCUGAGCGAGGAGAAAGGAGGAUGUGUCUCCCUUGAUAUGAUUUACUUCUUUCUUUUUUUGCAUUUCCAUCCCCUUGACCAGCCAUUUGUCCUCUGUCCUCAGGGCUGUACUACGUUGACUCAGAGGGGAACCGGGUGUGUGGCGACCUGUUCGCCGUCGGCUCAGGUUCAAUGUAUGCCUACGGUGUGAUGGACAGCGGCCAGAGGAACGACCUGACUGUGGAGGAGGCCUGCGAGCUGGGCCGCCGUGCCAUCUACCAGGCCACAUACCGUGACGCCUACAGCGGAGGGCAGGUCAACUUGUACCACAUGCACGACAAGGGCUGGACCAUAAUCUCCCAGGAAGACGUGCACAUGCUGCACCAGCAGUACAAGGAGCAGGCAUAGUCAUGAAAGAGGAGGGCAUAGAGGUGGCGAGAUGGUAGGGGGUGAACAGGGAGGGUUUGGAGUUUCUAGGAGUAAUUGGUGUUGAAGAUAUUCUGAAAAUGUAAGUAAGGUUGACACAUGAAUAAAAAGGACUCAUCCACCGAUUGAUUUCCACUUCUUCUACUCUGACACAUUUUGACUUGUUGUUAGCUUAAGGCUUUAAAGUGUACAUUUUUAACAAUGCCAGUGAGCUCCACUCGUCCCAUACACAGUGUGAUUUGGGCUGCAGAAAGAAGGAGGUUGAUGACUCAAACAUGCUUUAAUACAGUGUGGGAGUAGUGUGCUGCUUGCCCUACAUACGAUUUAUUUGGAUCUACUCUGAGAAACUGCAUCUUUUCACAAUAAAAUCUGUAAUGUUCUUUUUUUUCAAAAGCCGUCUCUUUCUUCUUUUACUCGAGUUGAUUUCGCCUUCAGGCCUGAAGAUUGUGGAUCAUGGAAUCAGUUAGGAUUUACUCUUCAUGUGAGGAUAAGUUUUGUAGUCUUUUCCUCCGUUGUUGCCACGUGUCCACAGUUUGUGCUUACUUUUCAGUCAUCUGUUCCCCCAGCUGUUUGAGUUUGAAGGCUCAUCCAAAGCUGUUUUGUCUCCUCGAUAUGUUUGGUGUUUAUUAGUGAAGAGCAGCAUUGUCUAAAUAGCACUAUUUAAUUGCACACUACCAUCCUCAGUAAUUGUGCUUCCUGACUUGUAACAGUGUUUUUCUUUUCCCCCAUUGAUAAUGUUCCUUUCCACGUUGCACAAAUUUGCCUUUUAAUUGGAAGAGGGAAUUUAUUCUUUAAUUCCUUCCCGACACAGUCAGCUUCUCAAUGCCCAAUGUUGUGUGCUACCCCCCGCCACUGUGUUAUACAAUGUAAUGACCUGUGCUGGCAGUGUGUGCCCCUCCAGCAGUUUUUAUGGUUGGGAAUAAACACUAGUAAAGAGGAUGGGGUAAGACAUCUGAAGCAAGCCUGCUUCCAAACCAUGGUUAAAAAGUAGUUUCACAGGUGACUAGGUGGCAGAUGGAAAAGAAAUGGGAUUUCAAUAAAUGGAAAUGAGCGAGGUCUCGUCUAUUUUGCUGCUCUUUGUAAAUAAAGUGAUGGGAAUAGUUCCAUCAAUAGGAACAAA